UAUGAGUUUACCGAAUUAGAGUACUAACUCAAACACCCUUAUACAGUGUGUUGACCUGGAGAGAUACGUCUCGUUGUGUGCGGUUAUAAAGCAACGAAUUCAGAAUGGGACUACCAACUUUGGAGUUUAGCGAUUCUUUUUUGGACAGUCCUGACUUCAGAGAGAGACUCAAAUGCCAUGAAAUUGAGUUGGAUCGCACCAACAAGUUCAUUAAGGAACUCAUAAAAGACGGGAACUCGCUUAUUACUGCGCUGAAAAACCUUUCUGUGGCUGUGCAGAAGUUCUCCCAGUCUCUACAGGAGUUCCAGUUUGAGUGUAUUGGUGAUGCUGAAACAGACGAUGAGCUGAACAUCGCUCAGUCCUUCAAAGAGUUCUCUCAGCUCUUAAACACUGUGGAGGAGGAGAGGAGACGCCUGAUUCAGAACGCGGAUGAUGUGCUGAUCACGCCCUUGGAGAGAUUCCGUAAAGAACAGAUUGGCGCGGCAAAGGAAGGAAAGAAGAAGUUUGACAAGGAAACGGAGAGAUAUUACACGACUCUGGAGAAACAUCUAAACCUGUCAUCCAAGAAGAAAGAGUCUUUUCUCCAAGAGGCAGACACACAGAUUGAUAAGGAAAGGCAGCUCUUUUGCGACGCCUCGCUGGAAUACGUUUUCAAAAUCCAAGAGGUCCAAGAGAAGAAGAAAUUUGAGUUUGUCGAACCACUACUUGCCUUCCUGCAGGGACUUUUCACCUUCUAUCAUGAAGGCUACGAGCUGGCCCACGAAUUUGAACCUUACAAACAGCAGCUACAGUUCAACCUACAGAACACAAGAAACAACUUUGUAAGCACUAAACAGGAAGUGGAGAAGCUGAUGAAGAGGAUAAGGUCGGUGGAUCAGGACUACAUGCCCCCGGGGCAGUGGACCAUGGAGGGUUACCUGUAUGUCCAGGAGAAACGACCUUUGGGUUGCACAUGGGUACGACAUUACUGUAUGUAUGACAAAGGAAGCAAGACCUUCACCAUGAUUAAUGCGGAUACCAAGUCUGCCGGGAAACAGAAUGGAGUAGUGCCAAACCCCCCUGAAAUGUUCAAGCUGAAAUCAUGCAUUCGGAGAAAGACGGACUCCAUCGACAAACGUUUCUGCUUUGAUAUCGAGGUGGUGGAGAGGCAUGGCAUCAUCACCCUUCAGGCUCUGUCAGAGUCCAACCGGAGACUGUGGCUGGAGGCCAUGGAUGGUAAAGAGCCGAUCUACAACCUACCAGCUAUCCUGAGCAAGAAAGAAGAGACGUAUCUGAAUGAUGCUGGUUUUAACUUCGUGAAAAAAUGCAUAGAACUGGUGGAAAUCAGAGGAAUCAACACUUUGGGCCUGUACAGAAUAGGAGGAGUAAAUUCUAAAGUUCAGAAGCUCAUGUCAACAGUCUUCUCAGCCAAAGCUCCCCCUGAUAUGGACCUGGACCCAGACACAUGGGACAAUAAGACCAUCACCAGUGGCCUGAAAAACUACCUCAGGUGUCUCUCCGAGCCUCUCAUGACAUACCGGCUUCAUAAGGACUUCAUCAUGGCUGUCAAGUCUGAUGAUCAGAACUAUAGAGUGUGUGCAGUCCAUGCGUUGGUGCACAAACUGCCUGAGAGAAACAGAGAAAUGUUGGAGAUUCUCAUCAGUCACCUGCUGACCGUGUCCACUCACAGUGAGAAUAACCUAAUGACCGUGUCUAACCUGGGGGUGAUCUUUGGCCCCACACUCAUGAGGUCACAGGAGGAGACCGUGGCCGCCAUGAUGAACAUCAAGUUCCAGAAUGUGGUGGUGGAGAUCCUUAUCGAGAACUGUGAAAAGAUAUUCCACCAGCCCCCAGACCCUAACGUACCCCUGCCACAGCCCCAGUCGCGGCCUGGCUCCCGCCGCACCAAAGCCAUCUGUCUGUCCACAGGCUCACGCAAGCCCAAGAGCUCAUACACACCCACCCUGUGCCUGGCUGAUGCUGACAGCGACCGGUUCAGUAGUAGUUCUGGCAGUACUCCAAUGGGAAGUAUGGAAUCUUUGUCCUCUCACUCCUCCGAGCAGAACAGCUCCUCCAAGACGGGAUCUUCUCCGCCUCCCAAAAAUGACAAACCAGGACCGGCACCGGGCCAGCGUCAGUCCCCACCUCAGCUCUCUUCAAACGGGCCGCGAGGCCAGGCCCUCUGCCUCAGCAGCCCUGAGUCCAGCUCCAGAGAGGACGCGGGCCGGACAGACGGAGACUCGGAGGACUCCCGUAGCCUCUCUUCUGUGACUACCACCACAAGCAAGCACUCCCCCGCACCAAAGAAAGCUCCUCACUGUCUAACAACAGUAACAACCAAAGCCCAGCUCAACCGAUCAGCAGCACCCUCGCUCAGGUCACUGCAGGUCCCUGAAGGUAACAGAAGCUGUAUGGGGUCUGUGCAGAGUCUGGUGUCCAUGGAGAAGAAGGACAGUUCCAAACCUGCAGCGCACCCCGACCUCCCCCCAAAACUAGUCCUCCGGCACAAGCAAGACAGCAGCGCUAGCAACGGCUACCAAAGACCAGGCUCAGUGGUUGCAGCCAGGGCCAUGCUGUUUGAAAACCCUUCAGCAACUAAGUCAGCACCAGUAGGAAGAGAUGCCAAAGCCAUGUAUUCCUGCGAGGCUGAGCACAGCCAUGAGCUGAGCUUCCCCCAGGGGGCGCACUUCUCAAAUGUGUAUCCCUCUGUUGAACCAGGCUGGCUCCAGGCUACCUAUGAGGGUAAAACAGGCCUUAUUCCAGAGAACUAUGUGGUGUUCCUCUGAUCUGCCCUGCCAGACAGACUAAACAUUUCAUGGUAUCCAUGGAUUACAUAGAUUUCUGAAGCAACUAUUGCACAAAGCUUUUUAACAAGUAGUGUGUGUGUGUGUGUGUGUGUGUGUGUGUGUGUGUGUGUGUGCGUGCGCGAGCACGCAUGCGUGCAACACCUGUGCAUGAUUAAUACUGAGUGGAAUGAGGAAAAGUCGAGACAGCCUAUGAUGUGGUACAUAAUUCAUAGAGAUAUGAAGCCAAAAUGAAUGAGACUGAACUUUUGAGUGAUAAUAUGUUAGUAUGUUUUAUACAACACCUACAUGAUAUCUACACACACACACACAUAGUAUUCACACACAAGCUUAGACACUAUGUUGUCACUGAGCAGUUCCACACAUAUAAUAGUUUUAUGGUAGGUAUUGGAACUGACCCUACUGAUAACAGUCUAUCUUUGUGAUCAGUAAAGAGACAUGAGGGUUCAUAUGUGUGGUGGUGUGUGUGUGUGUGUGUGUGUGUGUGUGUGUGACACCUGGGCCCUGCUGAUAUCAGUUAUACAGCACCAGUACAGAGCACAAAAGUAUAGAGGACUCAU